AUGCUGAAGGAUUUGACUGUAAAACUCCCUCUAGCUGAUGUUGUUCAGAUGAUACCAGCCCUUAAAAGAUACAUGAAGGGGUUAGUGUCUGGGAAAGCUGUUGAGGAAGAGAGUGUCAUGAUGGUUUCGAAGGAGUGCAGUGUUGUGCUUCAGAACAAAGUGCUGAAGAAGAGAAGUGAUCCAGGAAGGUUUGUUCUCUCAGUCAGGAUUGGGAAUGUGCUGUUCGCAAGGUCUCUCUGUGAUCUGGGUUCAAGUGUGAAUCUGAUGCCUUAUUCUGUAGCCAAGCGAUUGGGUUACACCAGAUUCAAGCCGACAAAAAUCUCGCUGGUGUUCGCUGAUAGAUCAACCAAAUUUCUGGUUGGUAUACUAGAGGAUUUGCAUGUUCAGAUAGGCAAUACACUCAUUCCAGCAGAUUUUGUGGUUCUGGAGGUUGAUGAAGAACCCAAGGAUCCUUUGAUAUUGGGACGAUCCUUCGUAUGCACAUCUGGUGCAAUCAUAGAUGUGAAAGGAGGUGAUAGAUCUCCAGCUGGGAGAUAUGGUGGUGCAAUUUGA